AUGAAGGUACUCAAACAAGCAACGGUCUCUCUCCCUUUUUCCACAUUUUCAAAGCAAUUGAUUGCCUCCCCCCCUGUCGCCUUAGAUAAACGGACUUAUGGGCACGCCCACAAAACGGAGCGUGUGCUAUCCGAUGCCGCUGAUAAAGUAGCUCGAGCAGAAGAAGCUGCACGUCAAUACGAAGCGCAGCUGUCCGAGGCAGCGUCAAAAAAGCGUCAGCUUGAGGAAGAGAAUGAAAAACUACGGGCUUCGAUACUCAAUAUGGCGUUACAAAAUGCUAGUGUGGAUUUACGACGUGAACACGUACAAUUACGUCAGACCUUGGACUCGUAUCAGACGAAAAUUGAUCAAAUGCGCGAAAUCUCAUUGCUCUCAGCUAAAGUCGUGGACAGUCGGAUUAAGACAAAACAAGGUCGACAAUAUGUGGAAUACAAACUUCAAAUUGAGACAGACAUUCGAGGCACAUUAGUGCUCUGGCAUCGAUACAGCACAUUCUUGAAUUUGGCUGCAACGCUUAAGGCAAAAAAUCCAAGCAGUGAUCAUGAUAUUCCUGAAUUACAAACGCAAAGUUUGACUGGAUUUUUCUCCGAUCAAUUGAUAAUUGAUCGCAUUGCGAAACUAAAUGAGUUUCUCGACGUUGUGACGAAAGCGGAUGAAUUUCAAUGGGGAAUUCGGAUAGAUAAGGACACGUGUGUAUACAAACGCAAGAGUAAACGUACGGAUCGUAUGUUUAGUGUCGGAUCACGGGAAAGUAUUUCAACCCUUACGCCUAGUAUGCGAGACAGUAUGUUUUUACCCAUGUCAUCAAGAGCAUCGACGAUCUCGAUGGAUUCCUAUUAG